AUGAACAUGACCAAUGCAGCAUGGGCAAACAAUGCUAGGGACCCAGAUGGAAAGGAAAGAUCACCUUGUGUUGCUGGCACCGGUGCCCUCAUCUAUUAUUGCAUCCUGUUGUGCAUGGGUCUGCCAGUUAACAUUUUGACUGCUAUUGCACUGACCCGCCUGGCUGCCCGCACCCAGAAAUCUUCCUACUGGUACCUCCUUGCCCUCACGGCAUCUGACAUCCUGACUCAGGUCUUUGUCGUCUUUGCAGGCUUCAUCAUGCAGGCAGCCAUCUUGGCCCGUGAGGUUCCAGGUGCCCUUGCCCACACCAUCAAUGUGCUGCAAUUCACAGCCAAUCAUGCCUCCAUCUGGAUGACUGUCCUGCUGACGGUGGACCGUUAUAUAGCCCUCUGCCACCCACUGCAGUACAGGACUGUCUCUUACCCUGAGUGCACCCAGAAGAUCAUUGGUGCUAUGUUUGCAGUAUCAUUGGCCACUGGGAUCCCCUUCUACUGGUGGCUAGAUGUUUGGCAUGAUGCCUACCCACCCACGACCAUGGACAAGGUUCUGAAGUGGCUUCACUGCUUCAUCAUCUACUUCAUUCCCUGCAGUAUCUUCCUGGUGACAAAUUCUGUGAUCAUCCACAAACUCAGGCGCUCAGGCAGGCCCCACCGGCGUCUCAGCAAAACCACAGCAAUUCUGUUGGCCAUCACCACCAUCUUCAUUGUCCUGUGGGCUCCACGGACAUUUGUCAUGAUCUACCACCUCUGUGUGGCCUCGGUCAAUCAGGGCUGGCAAGCUCACCUAGCCCUAGAUGUUGCCAACAUGGUAGCCAUGCUCAACACCUCCCUCAACUUCUUCCUUUACUGUUUUGUCAGCAAGACCUUCCGCCAAACUGUCUGGGACCUGAUGGUGUCUUUCAGGCUCCCAUGCACCCAAUCGCCAAGGAAGAAUGGCCCCUCAGAUCCAGCCCUGAGAUCACUGGGGGCCUUGGAUGGGACUUCAGUCUAGGAGGAUUAUCUCCCUCCUGCAAGAAACUCAAACUUUGCUGAAAGAUCCCACAGCUCAAUAGGACACUGAAUUGUUCCAGGGAUAGGCUGUUCCAGAUAGGCUUAGUAUACUGGUAUGGAUCUGGGCUAGGAGCAUUAGGGCAAGAAUACUGGAGCAUUAAGGCAACAAUACUGGGCCUGCUGGGCACGCAUGCAUGUGUGUGUGCAUGCAUAUCUAUGUACAUAUGUAUGUUUGCAUAUAUGUA